GCAAUGGGCUGAGCGCCGAGGGGCUGAGGGUGGGGACGGGUGGGCGUUGGUGCUUGAAGGACUCUAGGUCCAGGGCUUUCGGUUUUCUUUGAACGUCACGUAGGCAGGGAGAGAGCCCUUCGUGAGCGGGCAGGACUCGGGACCUUGGUCCGGCCUGGGGCCCCUUCCUCGUCUCAGAGGGUCCGAGAUUGUCUAAAGCCACAGGGAAGAUGGUGGAAAAUUCACCGUCGCCAUUGCCAGAAAGAGCGAUUUAUGGCUUUGUUCUUUUCCUAAGCUCUCAGUUUGGCUUCAUACUCUAUCUUGUGUGGGCUUUCGUUCCCGAAUCUUGGCUAAACUCCUUAGGCUUAACUUACUGGCCUCAAAAGUACUGGGCAGUUGCGUUGCCUGUCUAUCUCUUGAUCACGGUUGUAAUUGGUUACGUGCUCUUAUUUGGAAUCAACAUGAUGAGUACCUCUCCACUUGACUCCAUCCAUACGAUCACAGAUAACUAUGCUAAAAACCAACAGAGGAAAAGCUACCAAGAGGACGCCAUCCCAGCAUUAAGAGACAUUCCCAUUAGUGAAGUCAACAGAAUGUUCUUCCUAGACGCCAAAGAACUCAACACCUAAAACUGAGCUGUGAAUAAACAUCCUAAAACCAA